AGAAGCCAAUCGCUGCAACUCCCACAGCGCAUUCUUUGCGCAUUUCUUUAUCUCACUGUUCCGAGCUCUCUGCUUUCUUCAUCCAUGGCGGCGGCGGCGACUCUGCAUCUCAACGCAAAGCCAUCCAACUUUUUCUCCCCAUCUAUUAGUCUUUCGAAGACAUCGCCCAAGCUUUUCCGAGUUACUUGCUCUGCUGGAACUUCUCCUUCCCGGCGUUUCAAUAUCGCUCUGCUUCCUGGUGAUGGUGUUGGCCCUGAAGUUAUUGCCGUUGCGAAGGAUGUUCUCAAUCUCGCUGCUUCGCUUGAAGGGAUUGGAUUUGAUUACAAAGAGAUGCCUGUGGGCGGAGCUGCACUUGACUUGACCGGGGUUCCAUUGCCAGAUGAGACGCUUAUAGCAGCAAAGCAAUCUGAUGCUGUUCUAUUUGGCGCAAUUGGAGGGUACAAAUGGGACGACAAUCCAAAACAUUUGAAGCCAGAAACUGGGUUGCUUCAACUUCGGAAAGGUCUUGAAGUAUUUGCUAAUUUGCGACCUGCAACUGUCUUUCCUCAGUUGGUGAACGCUUCAACUUUGAAGAGAGAGGUUGCUGAAGGUGUUGAUCUCAUGGUCGUAAGGGAACUCACUGGAGGUAUUUAUUUUGGGCAACCAAGAGGUUUUAAAACCACUGAAAAUGGGGAAGAAAUUGGAUUUAAUACUGAAGUGUAUGCAGCACAUGAGAUUGAUCGGGUUGCUCGAGUGGCAUUUGAGAAUGCUCGGAAGCGACAAGGAAGAGUUUGCUCUGUGGAUAAAGCAAAUGUGUUGGAGGCAUCAAUGCUUUGGAGGAAAAGAGUGACAGCAAUUGCUGCAGAAUAUCCUGAUGUCGAACUCUCGCAUAUGUACGUUGAUAAUGCUGCAAUGCAGCUAAUUCGUAAUCCAAAACAGUUCGAUACAAUUUUGACAAACAACAUAUUUGGUGAUAUUUUGUCGGAUGCCGCUUCCAUGAUUACUGGAAGUAUUGGGAUGCUUCCAUCUGCAAGUCUUCGUGAAUCGGGACCUGGACUUUUUGAACCUAUACAUGGUUCAGCUCCUGAUAUUGCUGGACAGGAUAAGGCAAAUCCAUUGGCAACAGUUCUCAGUGCUGCUAUGCUUCUUAAGUACGGCAUUGGUGAAGAAAGUGCUGCCAAAAGAAUUGAGGCUGCAGUUUUGGAUACUCUAGAAAGAGGAUUUAGAACCGGUGACAUAUACUCAGCUGGAUGUAAACUAGUGGGCUGCAAAGCGAUGGGCGAGGAGCUAUUAAAGUCGAUCGAGUCCCAUAAACUCGCUACAGUUUGAGUCGAAAACGGCGAGGGAUCCUACACUCGCCUCUCUUUCAGUUUCUUUUCAAAUGCGCACUAAUAACGGUUUCAACUCACAGUUCGGGUGCUAUUCCACAAUUUGGUUGCAUUUUGUAUGCUUGGCAUCUGUAUGAACAAGUUGAGUUUAUGGUCUUCAUUUUUUCAGAACUACAACUAUCUAUGGUUUCAGGUAGGAAGCAUUUUGAGAAUACUCUGAAUAAAUUAUUCAUCAGACAUUUUCCAUUCC